AUGUUCUUGGAAGCGCAGAACUUUAUACCGCCAAGGGGAUUAAUUUACAACCCCGGGCGCGUCCUGAGACGCGCCAAUUUUGGUGCGUCUUUCGACGACAUUGUAGUCGGGGCAGGAAUAACCGGGCUGUGGACUGCUAAUGAGUUGGCGAAAGCCGGUCGCAAAGUUCUCCUACUUGAACAGUUCCCGCGAUGCACGAGUCGCGGUGGAUCAGCAGGAAGUUCUCGGGCUAUCGAGCUCUCAUUUCCGAUCGUCGGCGCCGUAUCUUCCUUCAUGAAUGGAAUCAAUCAUUAUGCAAAUCUGCAGGCUGAAAGUGACAUCCAAGUCAUUGCGGACUCAGAUCUUCUAGUUCUUACUGAUGACCCGAUGGAAGGAACUCCGUUUCCAGCUUUAUUGCGUGAUCUUGAAGACAACUACGGAAUUAAGCUGGAGCAUUUGCAUUCCGAAGAGCUGGUCAACAGAUUCCCUGGCUAUCAGUUCACUGAGCAGAGCCACGCAAUUUACGACAAUCAGACUGCCAAAGAAUUGCUCGCUUCUGGUGCCAUUCACGCUCUCUGGGAAAUGGCACCCAAGAACGGAGUUACAACCUGCAGUCCUUGCCCAGUGACCUCAGUUGCGGAAGUGGCUGAUGCUGAUGGCACGAGCAGACUGCGAGUCACUUGCAAAAGAACCCCCGUGGAUCCGGCGGAAUAUUUGGCGAAAAACGUGAUUCUCGCAACUGGAGCCGGAACUUCGUCCAUCAACAUAACCAACUCGAGAAACGAACCAGUACCCUUGCCGCAAGUAACGCCCCAACUCUGGGCUCAGCUUUAUUUCAGGAAAAAGCCGGAUGUUCCGUGUUCCACGAAUACCGGAUUCAUCGAGUGGGCGUGGCAGAACGGCGGAAAUCCGAUGUUGGCCUGGGGACGUCCUUCGAUCAACACUCAAACCGACUACGAUUUCUUGAUUGGAAUCGGUGAUCACGCUGAAGUGUCGUCCGCAUCUCAAAUGGAAAAUCCAGCCACUUUCCAAGUUUUCGUACAGAGCGUGCAGGACUAUGUGAAAAACAGGAUGCCGUGUCUUGACGAGAAUCCCUUGUUCAUCGAACGAGCGAUGAAUUAUAAAGUUGACACGGGCGUUUCCGGUGGACAUCCGCUGGAGGGCAUUAGCAGCGUCUACCUUGCGAUCGAAGAUGUCAUCGUGUCUUACGUUGUUGCCAGCAAAUGGAGAAGAUCUUUCGAAAUUGAGCUCCAUUAUGCUUUUCAUCAAAUCAAAAUGGGUUUAGAAUGA